AAAAUCAGUUGAGUGAUGGAUAUUUGGGCUAGCGGGAGUAUGCUUGACAAAGAAUUCUUCACUGAAUAUGGUGAGGCAAGCCAGUACGAAAUCCAAGAGUUUGUUGGGAAGGGGAGUUAUGGCGUUGUUGCAGCUGCAGUUGAUACUCAUACUGGAGAAAGGGUAGCUAUAAAAAAAAUGAACAAUGUUUUUGAACACGUUUCUGAUGCCAUUCGCAUUCUUAGAGAAAUCAAGCUCCUGCGACUGCUUCGACAUCCAGAUAUUGUAGAAAUAAAGCAUAUAAUGCUUCCUCCAUCCCGGAGAGAAUUUAAAGAUAUAUAUGUUGUUUUUGAGUUGAUGGAAUCUGACCUUGAUGAGGUAAUCAAAGCAAAUGAUGAUCUUACACCUGAACAUUUUCAGUUCUUCUUACACCAGCUUCUUCGGGCUCUGAAGUAUAUACAUACAGCAAAUGUUUUCCAUCGAGAUUUAAAGCCAAAAAAUAUCUUGGCAAAUGCAGACUGCAAAUUGAAGAUUUGUGAUUUUGGGCUUGCUCGUGUUUCGUUUAGCGAUGCUCCAUCAACUAUAUUUUGGACCGAUUAUGUGGCAACUCGAUGGUAUCGUGCUCCUGAACUUUGUGGUUCCUUUUUCUCCAAAUACACCCCAGCUGUUGAUAUUUGGAGCAUAGGAUGUAUAUUUGCAGAAAUGCUUACAGGGAAACCAUUGUUUCCUGGAAAGAAUGUGGUGCACCAAUUGGAUAUCAUAACUGAUCUGCUUGGCACUCCCUCUAGUGAAUCCAUUGCAAGGAUUCGGAAUGAAAAGGCUAGAAGAUAUUUGAAUAGCAUGAGGAAGAAGCCACCAGUUCCUUUCUCACAGAAAUUCCCUAAUGCAGAUCCAUUGGCUCUUAGUUUACUUGAGCGUUUGCUUGCAUUUGAUCCCAGAGAUCGUUCAUCUGCUGAAGAGGCCUUGGCGGAUCCAUACUUCAGUAGUUUGGCAAAUGUGGAAGAUGAACCAUCUGCACAACCUAUUUCAAAACUUGAAUUUGAGUUUGAAAGGAGGAAGCUGACAAAAGACGAUGUAAGAGAGCUAAUAUAUAGAGAGAUUCUGGAAUAUCAUCCACAGAUGCUGCAGGAGUACCUUGAUGGUGUAGAUCGAACUAGCUUCAUGUAUCCAAGUGGAAUUGAUCGAUUUAAGCAACAAUUUACCAAUCUCGAGGAGCACUAUGGUAAAGGAGAAAGAAGCACUCCUCUUCGAAGACAAUAUACCUCUUUGCCUAGAGAGCGGGUCUGUGCACCCAAAGAUGAGUCUUCUGAUGAAGACAGCGAGUUUGAAAAGCGUGCUACAGACUAUAUUGCUCGUACAUCCUUUCAAAGCCCCACAAGAUCACGGAGGAGCAACAAACCUGAAAAUGCUGAAAAGGCUGUAGUAGCUAUGCAGAAUGGCCCUAAAAAACAAAAUUAUAGUGGUCGUGACCUUUCUAGCAUUAGUGCUUCCAAAUGUGUCGGCUUAAAAGGGAGAGACUUUGAGGAAACAGUUACAGAGCAAAAUGGAAACGUGGUAAGUGGAUAGUCAGAGAACUGGGCAGCAUUGCAUACUCUAUAGUAUACUACAGUUGGGUGAACUAUGGAUGGCUGCAACUUUUUUUUCUUCUUCUUUGUCUUUUAUUAUUAUUAUUAUUAUUAUAUAGGAAAAAUUGGAUAUGUAGUGUAGACAUUGUUGUAUUAAUUCUGUGUUUCAACAUUUACAUUUUUGUUUCAUACUGAAUUUGUAGCUACUAUUAUGAUUUGGUUUCAAGUCCUUAGAUCUGUUGACUUCCUAGUGCUUUUAUGCAACAGUUUCACAAUGAAUCAUGAUGAAGCAAGAGGUUUAUUUUA